AUGGAUAUAUCGAAUAGUAUCGAUAUAUCGAAAAGUAUCGAUAUAUCGAUAAGUAUCCAUAAAUCGAUAAAUAUCGAUAAGAUUCGAAAAGAUAUCGAUAAGUAUCGAAAAGAUAUCGAUAAGUAUCGAAAAGAUAUCGAUAAGUAUCGAAAAGAUAUAGAUAAGUUUCAAAAAGAUAUCGAAAAGUAUCGAAAAGACAUCGAAAAGUAUCGAAAAGUUAUCGAAAAGUAUCGAAAAGAUAUCGAAAAGUAUCGAAAAGUUAUCGAAAAGUAUCGAAAAGAUAUCGAAAAGUAUCGAAAAGAUAUCGAAAAGUAUCGAAAAGAUAUCGAAAAGUAUCUAUAUAUAUCGAAAAUAUCGAUAUAUAAGUACCGAAAAGAUAUCGAAAAGUACCGAAAAGAUAUCGAAAAGUACCGAAAAGAUAUCGAAAAGUAUCGAAAAGAUAUCGAAAAGUAUCGAAAAUAUAUCGAAAAGUAUCGAAAAGAUAUCAAAAAGUAUCGAAAAGAUAUCGAAAAGUAUCGAAAAGAUAUCGAAAAAUAUCGAAAAGUACCGAAAAGAUAUCCAAAAGUACCGAAAAGAUAUCGAAAAGUACCGAAAAGGUAUCGAAAAGUACCGAAAAUAUAUCGAAAAGUAUCGAAAAGAUAUCGAAAAGUAUCGAAAAGAUAUCGAAAAGUAUCGAAAAGAUAUCGAAAAGUAUCGAAAAGAUAUCGAAAAUAUCGAAAAGAUAUCGAUAAGUAUCGAAAAGAUAUCGAUAAGUAUCGAAAAGAUAUCGAUAAGUAUCGAAAAGAUAUCGAUAAGUAUCGAAAAGAUAUAGAUAAGUAUCGAAAAGGUAUCGAUAAGUAUCGAAAAGAUAUCGAAAAGUAUCGAAAAGAUAUCGAAAAGUAUCGAAAAGAUAUCGAAAAGAUAUCGAAAAGUAUCGAAAAGAUAUCGAAAAGUAUCGAAAAGAUAUCGAAAAGUAUCUAUAUAUAUCGAAAAUACCGAAAAGAUAUCGAAAAGUACCGAAAAGAUAUCGAAAAGUACCGAAAAGAUAUUGAAAAGUACCGAAAAGAUAUCAAAAAGUACCGAAAAGAUAUCGAAAAGUACCGAAAAGAUAUCGAAAAGUACCGAAAAGAUUUCGAAAAGUACCGAAAAGAUAUCGAAAAGUACCGAAAAGAUAUCGAAAAGUACCGAAAAUAUAUCGAAAAGUACCGAAAAGAUAUCGAAAAGUACCGAAAAGAUAUCGAAAAGUACCGAAAAGAUAUCGAAAAGUACCGAAAAGAUAUCGAAAAGUACCGAAAAGAUAUCGACAAGUACCGAAAAGAUAUCGAAAAGUACCGAAAAGAUAUCGAAAAGUAUCGAAAAGAUAUCGAAAAGUAUCGUUAA